CUUUUCUUUCUUUCUUUCUUUUUUUUGGAAACACCCAGAAAGGGGCACCCACGAGCCUUUAACGCUGGUUUCCGCCCCGGCCCCCGGGCUCGGCGCUCGCGCUGCGCGAAUCUGCGCUACGAAAAGUGGUGGAUCCCACCGUCCCCGUGCUGGUUUUUAAUUUUUCGUUUUCUUGCCCGUUUUGUUUCCUGUCUUUUUUUUUAUUUUUAAAAUUCCGUUCGAGCCACCUUCUCUUCCCCACCACCACCACCAGCCGCCUUCACGAUGAACAAACUGUACAUCGGGAACCUGGGCGAGGACGCGGCGCCCUCGGACCUGGAAAGUAUCUUCAAGGACGCCAAGAUCCCGGUGUCGGGCCCCUUCCUGGUGAAAGCGGGCUACGCCUUCGUGGACUGCCCGGACGAGGGCUGGGCCCUCAAGGCCAUCGAGGCGCUUUCAGGUAAAACGGAACUGCACGGGAAACCCAUCGAAGUUGAGCACUCGGUCCCCAAAAGGCAGAGGAUUCGGAAACUUCAGAUACGAAAUAUCCCGCCUCACUUACAGUGGGAGGUGCUGGAUAGUUUACUAGUCCAGUAUGGAGUGGUGGAGAGCUGUGAGCAAGUGAACACUGACUCGGAAACCGCGGUCGUAAAUGUAACCUAUUCCAGUAAGGACCAAGCUAGACAAGCCCUGGACAAACUGAACGGGUUCCAGCUGGAGAACUUCACCUUGAAAGUCGCCUACAUCCCUGAUGAGAUGGCCGCCCCACAGAACCUGUUGCAGCAGCCACGAGGCCGCCGGGGGCUUGGGCAGCGGGGUUCGUCCAGACAGGGCUCGCCGGGAUCACCAGCCAAACAGAAGCCCUGCGACCUGCCUUUGCGCCUGCUGGUGCCCACCCAGUUUGUCGGAGCUAUCAUAGGGAAGGAGGGCGCCACCAUCCGGAACAUCACCAAGCAGACACAGUCCAAAAUCGAUGUGCACCGCAAGGAGAAUGCGGGGGCUGCCGAGAAGUCCAUCACAAUCCUCUCCACACCUGAAGGCACGUCCGCGGCCUGCAGGUCCAUCCUGGAGAUCAUGCACAAGGAAGCUCAGGACACAAAAUUCACAGAAGAGAUCCCCUUGAAGAUUUUAGCCCAUAAUAACUUUGUAGGCCGUCUCAUCGGUAAAGAAGGAAGAAACCUUAAGAAGAUUGAGCAGGAUACAGACACAAAAAUCACCAUCUCUCCAUUGCAGGAGCUGACACUGUACAACCCAGAGCGCACCAUCACAGUUAAGGGCAGCAUUGAGACGUGUGCCAAAGCUGAGGAAGAGAUCAUGAGGAAGAUCAGAGAGUCCUACGAGAAUGACGUGGCCUCCAUGAACCUUCAAGCGCACUUGAUUCCUGGACUGAAUCUGAACGCCUUGGGUCUGUUCCCACCCACGCCAGGGAUGCCGCCUCCCACCUCUGGGCCCCCCUCAGCCAUGGCGCCACCAUACCCACCACUGGAGCAGUCGGAGACGGAGACAGUGCAUCUGUUCAUCCCAGCACUCUCGGUGGGCGCCAUAAUCGGCAAACAGGGCCAGCACAUCAAACAGCUUUCUCGCUUCGCGGGAGCCUCCAUAAAGAUCGCGCCUGCCGAGGCCCCAGACGCUAAGGUGCGGAUGGUGAUCAUCACGGGACCCCCAGAGGCACAGUUCAAGGCUCAGGGAAGAAUUUAUGGCAAGAUUAAAGAAGAGAACUUCGUCAGCCCUAAGGAGGAGGUAAAGCUUGAAGCUCACAUCCGAGUGCCGUCCUUUGCUGCCGGCAGGGUGAUCGGAAAAGGAGGCAAAACGGUGAAUGAGCUCCAGAAUUUGUCAAGUGCGGAAGUCGUUGUACCUCGUGACCAGACACCUGAUGAGAAUGACCAAGUUGUUGUCAAAAUAACCGGUCACUUCUACGCUUGCCAGGUUGCCCAGAGAAAAAUUCAGGAAAUUCUGACUCAGGUAAAGCAGCACCAACAACAAAAGGCUCUGCAGAGCGGACCAUCGCAGUCACGGCGGAAGUGACGGCUCAGGCCCCAGCCCCGCAGAGGCAGACGCCAGAC